AUGGCCAUCACCAGCAAAACAGUCCUAAUCACAGGCUGCUCAGAAAACGGCAUCGGCGCCGCAUUAGCAACAGAAUACCAGAAGCGAGGCUACCACGUCUUCGCGAGCGCCAGAAACACCAAGAAGAUCCCAAGCUCGCUGGCCUCGGCAUCGAACGUAACACUUCUCCCGCUUGACGUGACCAGCGAAGAGUCGAUCAAGAAUGCAGCGUCCGCAGUCUCAAAAGCAACGGGAGGCAAGCUUGAUAUCCUGAUCAACAACAGCGGCGCUGCAUUCUCUGGGCCAGCUCUCGAUACGGACUUAUCGAUCGCGAGGAAUUUGCUUGAGGUCAAUGUAGUCGGUGUGCUUGCUGUGUGUCAAGGGUUCCAGCAUCUGCUCGCGAGCACGAAAGGUGCGACCCUUGUGAACAACAGCUCGAUCAACGGAGACUGUAACAUGCCGUUCUCAGGUGUAUACGGCGCCACAAAAGCUGCCACCACCAUCCUCAGCGAAUCGAUGCGCCUCGAACUCACACCACUCGACAUCCGAACUGUCACCCUGAUCACUGGCAUCAUCGAGUCGAACCUCCACGUAAACGAGGUGGAGCACCACCUUCCAGCAAACUCGUACUACAAGGUCACUGAAGAUUGGCUCAACGAGAGGAAGAAGGGUACCAACAGGCCUCCGGGCAUGGCAGCCGCAGACUAUGCCAAGCAAUUCGUCGACAAGGUCGAGCGUGGCGCGAGCGGGAAGACGAAUAUCGGACAUAUUAUGCCGAUGUUCGUUUACGUCAAGUGGUGGUUGCCGCAGUUCCUUUGGGACUUCGUCAUGUACAAGGCCGGUCCACCGAAUUUGAUGGAGGUCGCCGGCGCCGUGAAGAACAAGUCGCAGUGA